AGCCAUUUCGGCUCGAGGCCGUCUAGGCACGUGGCGGGUAGAUCGAGAGGGUACGCCCCAGAGCUUCGCGAGCUGCCAUGGCGAUGAAGUACCUGGGCUCCUACAUGCUCGCCGUGCUCGGCGGGAAGGAGAGCCCGACGGCCGAGGACGUGAAGCUCAUCCUGGAGGCCGGGGGCAUCGCGUGCGAGGACGAGAUGCUGAACAGGCUCAUCGAGCGCAUGGAGGGCAAGAAGGUGCACGAGCUCAUCGCCGAGGGAUCCAAGAAGUUCGCUGCGUGCGGCGGUGGCGGCGGCGGCGGAGGCGGCGGCGGUGCCCCGGCAGCCGGCGGCGGCGGCGGCGGCGGCGACGCCGGAGCAGAGAAGAAGGAGGAGAAGAAGGUCGUGGAAGAGGAAGAAGAGGAAGACGUGGAUUUCGACCUCUUCGGCUGAGCGGCGGGCCCCGCCCGCGCGGGCGCGAACGGCUCUGCGUCGCACCCGGCCGUCCCCGGCGCGCCCGAUCUACAUGCAAGCCGUCGCCAUCACC